AUGGGAAUGUGGGAGGAAUCGAGUGACCGAGUGAUGGGGAAGAAGGAUAAAAAUGAGGAGCGGAACGAGAGAAUCCUGAAUCUCACACAGGAGAUUAUCUAUCUGCUGACUGGAGAGAGCUACAUCUUCCCUAAGAAGAAGAGCCCAACUGUGGGUUUGGGGGCCCUGCAUGCCCCUGGCUCCGUCAUACAGAAGGAAAAUGACAAGAAGAUCCUGGAACUCAUCUCCAACAUCAUCCAGCUGCUGACUGGAGAGGUUGCCAUAAGGUGUGAGGAUGUUUCCAUCUAUUUUUCCUUGGAGGAGUGGGAGUAUAUAAAAGGAAACAAGGCCCUUUACAGGGAAGGGAUAAAGGAGGAGGAGGAGGAGCCCCAGCAGCUCCACCCACUGGCCUGUGAGUAUAAAGAUGGGAGCGAUGUUACAGCACAUACGGAAGCAACUUUAUGUUGUAAUAAUGAUGGGAAUCUCACAAACCCUGAUGUUUCUCCAGUGGAACAGCCCCCACCGGCCAAUGGGAUUAAGGAGGCUUCAAAUAAGGGGGGAAACCAAUCAGAUUGCAGCAUUAAUCCCCAAAUACAGGGAACAGACACACCUACUCCUAUCAUGGGGUGCAGCCUGAACAUCAGUUUGUCAGCCAAUUAUAUAGCAAAUGAUAUUAAAGAGGAGGCGGCUUCACGUGAAGGGGGAAGCCAAUCAGAUUGCAGUAUUAAUCCCCUUACAGAACAGAUACAGGGAACAGACACACCUACUCCUAUCAUGGGAUACAGCACGAUUAGCAGCCUCUUUAAAAUGAAGGGUAAUAAAAAUCAUGAAGAUGCCCACUGGUCCCCAGAUAAAUCUGACAUAACAGAAAAUGCAGUAAGUGGGAAAUACAGCUGCAAUGAGUGCCAUAUACAUUUUAGUAGUAAGAGAGACUUUGAUAAACAUCUACGAACCCACAAAAGAGAGAAACCAUUAUCUUGUUCUGAAUGUGGGAAAUGUUUUUCACAUCGAUCCAACUUUGCUCGUCAUCUCAGGACUCACACAGGGGAGAAACCAUAUUCUUGUUCUGAGUGUGGGAAAUGUUUUUCACAUCCAUUCAACUUUGCUCGUCAUCGGAAGACUCACACAGGGGAGAAAACUUUUCCUUGUUCUGUAUGUGGGAAAAUUUUUGCCACUCCGUCAGAACUUACUCUCCAUCAACAAGAAAUCCACAUGGAAGAGAAACCUUUUCCCUGUUUGAAAUGUGGGAAAAGUUUUGCCUCUUCAUCAGACCUGACUGCCCAUCGACGACAAAUCCACACGGAGGAGAAACCUUUUUCCUGUACUGAAUGUGGGAAAUGUUUUUCAGUUGAAGCUUUCCUUGUUCGUCAUCAAAGGACUCACACAAAAGAAAAACCUUUUUCUUGUCCUGAAUGUGGGAAAUGUUUUUCACAUCCAUCCAACCUUACUCGUCAUCGAAGGAUUCACAGGGGAGAGAAACCAUUUUCUUGUUCUGAAUGCGACAAAUGUUAUGCCACUCCAUCAGAACUUACUGUCCAUCACCGACGAACCCACACAGGGGAGAAACCAUUUUCUUGUUCUGAGUGUGGGAAAUGUUUUGCUACUUCAUCAAUACUUAUUGUCCAUUACAGAACUCACACGGGGGAGAAACCAUUUUCUUGUUCUGAAUGCGGCAAAUGUUUUGCCACUUCGUCAGCACUUACUGUCCAUCACCGACGAACCCACACAGGGGAGAAACCAUUUCCAUGUUCUGAAUGUGGCAAAUGUUUUUCCACUUCAUCACUACUUACUGUCCAUUACAGAACCCACACAGGGGAGAGACCAUAUCCAUGUUCUGAAUGUGGCAAAUGUUUUACCACUAAAGCAGAACUUAUUGCCCAUCGACGACGAAUGCAUGCGGAGAAACUUUUUACCUGUUUGAAAUGUGGGAAAUCUUUUGCCACUGCUCCACUCCUUGCUACCCAUCAACGAACCCACGUGAAGCCUUUUUCCUGUACUGAAUGUGGGAAAUGUUUUUCACGUAGAAUUUACCUUACUCAUCAUCAAAGGACUCACAGAGAUGAGAAACCAUUUUCUUCUUCUGAUGAUUCUUCAAAUGUUGUCGUUUCAUCAGAACUUAUUGCCCAUGAACAACGAGCCCACACAGGGGAGACCCAUCAAUGAAGAUCCCAAAGCUGAGAAUCCUUUUUCCUGUUCUGAAUACGGAAAAUGUUUUUUCAACCUGGUCUUUUCAGAUGAGCUCAUGGCAAAGAAAUCUUUUUCCUGUUCUAAAUGACAGCAAGGAAGCGGCAGCCAUUUUGUAGAAACUGUUAUCAAUAUAAGCUUUGAUGUGCAGGGCCGGAUUUCUCAAUAGGGCGCCCCGAGGCCACCCCCUUUUGGCGCCCACCUCCGCACCCAAGCUGCACGCAUGCGCGCCACUUCAUUCAUUUGGAGCCGAGGGGAGAGGACGCGCUAAAGUUUCUGCGCAUCCUCUCCCAAUUACUCGGCAUGUGUUCAAAUUAUCCUGGUGUGGUGUGGCGGGGCGGCCCUAGGCCCGGGCCUCUGUGGCCUCGCCGCAGAUCCGGGGCCUGUUGAUGUGAGAACGGAGGACCUGAUGCUCAUGCACGGUAGUUAUGCAGACUGGCCUGAAAUCCACGGGACAUACAGGUCGGGCAGGUUCGGGCCGACCUCCACACAUCAAAAUCUGACCCAGACUUCUGCAUGAAGAUAGAAUAAAGAAGGACAGACUGGGAGAGUGAGGGACAGUGAAGAGUAACUUGAUUAUUGUAUUUAGAAAGUUUCAUAUUUCCAUGAGACAAAGCUUAGAUUACAUUUUAAUUUUCUUUUUUUUUUUAGUUUCCCUUUAACCUGAAAACUCAACGGCAUUAACGGAGAAUAGAAUAGGUUAAAACCACUGUACCGAUGUGAGAAAAAGUAAAACAUAUUUACCUUUAUAUAUCCGUGUUAUUUACUGCUGUUAUUUAUUGAAACGAACGUUCCCCCAAUCUUACAGACACCUGUCAUAUUUGUGAUCUAAGCCCCACCCCCCAGCUGUUUUCAUUCACAUCAUUGGACACAUUUCAGUGGAUCACACAGAAAUUGGGUCGUUAAAUAAAGGCAAAUCAUUAAUGUGUAUGGUGAAAAGAUACACAGCAUUCCUUUGCUUCUAUUGUUUAUACAUGGCACAGCUUGCGCCUCUCUCCCCCUCCCUUCUCCCUUCUCCCCCUCCCCUCCCUGUUGUAAUCUAAGCUUAGAGCUAUGAGUGGGCAGGGAGAGACACAAGGCAGGAGGAGAGGGAAGUGACAUUGCACCAAACUAAUAUGGCAGCUGCUAUCUUCAAACAAACAGAAGUUCUAGGGCAGUUACUCAAGUAUGGUAAAGCAUUCUACAGAAUAAAUAUAGGGUUCUAGAUUGCACUAGUGUGACUAAUGUAUUGGGACGAAACUGCAUCAGUAACUUGCCUUCUCCAUUAACGUCUCUCAGACAGACGGUAUCGCUGACCCUGUUUCAGAUUCCCCCCCCCCCCCCCAGCAUUUUAUACCUCAUUAUAUAUAUAUUUGUCUCCUCUGAUAAUGAACCAGUUUCUAGAGAACCCACGGUAAUAACAAAUGCACGUCGUACAUGAACGUCCAAUCUGAUCAGCUGAAUGACCUCGGUUUCUAGUAUAAUUAAUUCAAAUAGAUUUAAUUUAAGGGAACUAAUGGAGCAAAAUAAAAAAUAAUUUCACUAUUGCCUGUGAUAUACGGUCACUUUUAUAAUUUUAUGAAUUUUAGAUUUCACUUAGGUUUCCCUUUAGAUUCUGUUUCUGUAUUGUUUUCAAUUGCUUUUUUUGAAAUUUUUAAAAAUAAAAUUUUAUUAAUAU